AUGCACAUUAUCAUUGCGACGCAUUUGAGCUCUCUGGGCGCAGGAAAUGACCAAGGAUUCUCAUAUUUCAAAGAGAAUGACCCUCCCUCUGCUCUAGCUGCCCUCGUUGACCUCGACAACUACUUUGAUUCUGAAGGCCCCUUUGAUGGCAUCAUCGCCUUCAGCCAGAGCGUCGGUCUCGCAGGCACUUGGCUAGUUCACCGUCAAAGGCGCCAGCUCCCAAGCGUUCGCUGCGGGGUGUUCUUUUCCGGGGCCGCUACGGCUCUUGACCCAGACAUUCUCCAUGAUGGGCGCAUGGUAGCACUGCCGACCGAUAGAGUUGGACAGGUCAUUGACACCCCGACUGCCCACAUUUACGGGUCUGAGGAUUUGUAUGCGGCAGCGGCCAAGGAAUUCAGCGGGAUUUGUAAUUCUGCAGUCCGGUCCACGUACAUUCAUUCUGGACGUCACGAAGUGCCGGGUUCUGGGUCUGGGUCCAGCACGAAGGAUGUGGUCCACCUCAGCGUGAAUGCAAUCCGCCGGGUUAUAAGCCUCUCCAAUGAGUAG